AUCUGUGUUUGUAUGUUGUGGUACAAGUUGCAAGAAAAUAGAUUGGCCAAGAGGCAUCUCAAAUACGGUUCUAUGUUACAAAGAGAUCUAGAAAGGGAAAGGCGUCUGAAUCGUUUGUAUAAUGGGACUGAAGCCAACUGUAUUAGCGAGCUGCGUAUGCGUAAAUUUGUUUUCCAUAGGUUAUGUUGUCAUUUAAGGUCCCGUGGGUUGUUAGAGGACACUAUCAACGUCUCCAUUGAAGAGCAGGUUGCUAUGUCCUUGCUAAGCCUAUCAAAUUCUUCAAAGAAAUGCAAGAACUAUUCCUGAACAGCAGUGCUGAUGGUUCUCUUGCUAUGGAUGCCACUAAUUGCAUGAAUGACACUCAGGCUAACGACACGCAGGGUGAUAAAGAUAAUGAUUAUGAUGAUGAUAUAUUCAAUGACCUGUCAAACUAUGCUCAUCCUGUAGAUGACCUAGGUGAUGAUUCCGACACUUUACCUUCUCCUAUAAGUGGUCAACCUAGCUUUGCAUCUCAAGUUGCUGAGAAUAGCUCAUCUAGCUCUGGAAUGAAGCGUCUAAGAGCGGAAGAUAAAUAUGCUAAGAGAGAUGUGAGACCAAAGAGCCGUAUGUCAAAAAUAGGAGAUACAAUUGCAACUACUUUAGUGACCCUUCAAAACGAGAUCAAGAAGCCAGUGCCAGCUCCACCUUCUAUGCCUAAUUCUGAUGGUAUAUUGUGGCAAAGACUUGAAAAUAUGACACUAACUACCGAACAAAAGUUGAUGGUAGGAACCUUUCUAGCACAUAAAGAUCAAAAGGGUAUGCGUGGUUUUCUAUCUGGUUCAGCUGAGGUGAAAUUUCAAUCAUGGGUAUUCAAAUUUCUUAGUGAUGCGGGGCUGUGAAUUCGCCUAGGUGGUUGGCCGCUUUUGU